AUGCCUUUGUCCGGCCACUGUCUCUGCAAAGCCGUCACCUACACGGUUGACGUUGACCAGCCGGCCAUAACCGCGUACGAUCACUGCGACGAUUGCCAGCGCCAGAGUGGAUCAACUUACUCUCUCGUCGCGGUAGUGCCUAAAGACAAAUUGAAGAUCAAUGGACCCAUCAAGAGCUACACAGGAACUGGAUCUUCAGGCAACGCAGUUCACCGACUUUUCUGUUCGGAGUGUGGCUCCCCUAUUGCCCACGACCCAGAUGCUGCCCCAGAGAUCAUCGCCCUGAAGGCCGGAACGCUUGAUGUGGAGAUUAAGAAGAACCUGAAGCCUAACACCGAAAUCUGGACUGCCAGCAAGCUUCCAUUCUGCCAGGAGCAUCUCGAGAACGCUUUCAAGCACAUGCCGGAAUAA